CUUGCCGUUUUACUAUCUAUAUCGCGGAAUUAUGUGAGCUUUCAUGUAGCCGAGCUAUUAUCCACAAAAGCAGCGACUAAUAGUCCACAAUACUCCUGCAUAGCUCUAAACAUUUCGAUUUUUCCCGACUCUUUUUCUCCCGGGUGCAUUGUGCAGUACAUAAUACUUCGUAUGAAGUGAUUUUAUUGUCACAGACACACCGGUCCCAGUUUCUGGGACCAAAGGAGGCGCCAUGGCCGUCUGCGCCGCACAAAUACCUGUGUACCCCUUUCGAUAUGCAGCAUUCUUAUCUUUUCCACGAUCUAGACUCUCUCAAAGUCUCGCAAUAGGGGCAUUGACAUCGCGUAGAAAGAUCAUUUAUAGUAUCUAUCAUCUUGUCAAUUUUCUAUCUGGUCGAUUUGAGCAAUCUUUGCGCUAUUCCUCCCCUCGAACUUUCAAGAACUUCACUUCUAAAUACCUUUGAGCUUUUGACCCGCUUUGCAUCCUGCGAACAUGGCUACUGCUGAUGUUCAAGCCCCAGUCGAGCCUGCUGCUCCUGCAUUGCCAGAUUAUUUGCUUGACCCUAACGCAACAUUGAAAGACAAUUCGGCCAAAUGGAGAUACGGUAAAGCGCCAGAUUACUCCAAGACUCGAGAGGUCUAUGAGCAGACAAAAACAAAAACUCACGAAGCAGCAAGUCUCCCCAACCUUGUCGAAAACCUCGUCAAGAACUGGGAAGUCGAAGCCUCUUUCAAGCCCAACAUCGACGAUUGGCGCACCAUUGACCGCCCCAAUUAUACUUUCUCCAUUAAUGGCGGUCCACCACAAUCUGCCGAACACAUGCUCAAAGUUGGAACAUACAAUGCUAUCAUUACUCCCAAUGAUUAUUAUGAUCCGAACAAAUCGGACUUCGCAUCUAGUCAUAAGACGUUCAAGCGCAUGAUGCCAACAUUUGCGUGGGAAGUCUUGGAGGUCUACAGUGGGCCUCCAGUUGUGGCGUUCAAAUGGCGUCAUUGGGGAGUCAUGAAGAAUGACUAUGCUGGUUUCAACGACAAAGGAGAAAAGAUCGUAGCCAAGGCUCACGGCCGUACCCUUGAUAUCCAAGGCAUUACCAUCGCCAAGGUUAACGAGAAAGUGCAGCUUCAGAGCGUGGAAACUUGGUUUGAUCCAAUGGAGAUGUUCAGACAAAUCUCCCCCAGUGGAGAAGUCACCAGAACCAAGCCUGUCCCAAUUCCGGGUCAGGAUAUCUCGACGCAGCUUCAUGGGGAAGGCCUUGGGGACGAGGAGGAAAUGGAUGAGAGGUUGGAGGCAGUGAGCCUGCGUGGAGGUGGUGCUAGUGCGGACGUAUUGGCUGCUCUCCAUGCAGAGAUGGGUGAUAUGUCCCCGGCCGGAUGCCCAUUCUUGGCUAGACAGAACUAGAUCAAAGAGCUGCGCGAACUCCAAACAGUCUACCUGCUUUCAGAUGACUAUAUUACAAGUACAUAUAGUAGAGUACACUCUCACUUGAAAUGUUAUCUUCUCAUGUCGCAUGUCUGCUGCAGAUCUUCCUCAUCAAUGUGUUUUUGAAUGAUCCGUGUGACGCAUCAUUUUCAUUUCGAAGGCUACGAUACUCGAAAACGCUUGAGAUUUCGAGCAUAUUGCUUGAAAUAGAUAUAGAAUACUUCAAUAGAAGAUACGGAGCUCGGCCUCCUACUAUGUCUGAUAUUGUAACAAACGGCAGAGCAGAAAUAGAACAGUACUGAUGUUGAAUGAGGUCGGU